AUGUUUCCAAUCGCAAUCAUGUAUUACUACGGUACCAAUCUCGAUAACCAGUUCGCCGUUCCUGGGUUUUGGCCCAAGCCUGAGCAAACGAAUCGGAUUCCGUUCGAGAAAGAUGAGAUACGAAGUGAGCUUGAGAGGUUGCGGCAGAGGCGAUUAUAUUUGAGGGAUAAGAGGUUGAAGGCUGAGGGUAAAGGAGCUGGCGAUAGCUCUGCGGGCGAUUCAUGA